AAUGGGCCGGCUGGCCCACUUUACAUAUCCAGUUGCGCUAGAUAUUCUUUCCUUUAUGAAGACUCGAGUAGAACCCAUCUGUUGUAGCGUAGAACAUUGCAGAAGAUGUAGAACCAGCCCAAUCUAGAAAGGAAAACAACAAAAAAACACCAGGAUUUUCUAGAUGAGCAUCAUCUCUCUCAUUUGGCAGUGGUAUAUAAAGUCGCCACCAUUGCUUGCUUGGUCGACCACAUCUGUCAUCACAUGUCUAUCUGUUUAAAUGACAACAUACAAGUUUUGCCCCGACUGCAGCAACAUAUUGUACCCUAAAGAGGACAGGAAACAGAGGAUCCUCUUGUACGCCUGCCGCAACUGCGACCACCAGGAGGUUGCCGACAAUUUUCGCGUUUAUAGAAACCAAGUGCAACACUCCACCGGGGAGCUGACCCAAGAAUUGCUGGAAGCGGCAGCUGACCCAACUCUCCCUCGCACGAAAUCGGUUCGUUGCCUAGAGUGUAACCAUGGAGAAGCUGUCUUCUUGAACGCCAAGUCUAGAGGGGAUGAUGGUUUUACUCUCUUUUAUGUCUGCGGCAACCCCAAUUGUGGAUAUCGCUGGAGAGAAAAUUAAUUAGAGAUGGAAGAAAAAAGAAGAACAAGAAGAAGAAGAGGAAACCAACUGUAAAUGGGAUUUUGCAUGCUUGAAUUUAGUUUUAUUGAAGGCUUAUUGUUGUGGUUUUUUGGUGAUUAGAAGGAUUAAUUAAUUAAGUUCGUGUUAACUAUUUAAUUGCAUAAUAACAAGAUACUCAUCAACGAGAGGUG